GAGCUAACUGGUGAGAUACUGUUACCCAAGUCUUGCAACCUGCUUUCAUUCUUAGUAACGCCUCUCUCUCUUACUCCCACCCACCUCUCUCUUUCUCUCUGCCUGAGCAAUAGAGCAAAGAAAACAAACCUGCUUGUCUAGCUGCAACCAGGAAACCAAUCAAAGGUUGCACCAAGAAGUCAAAGAGAGAGAGAAAGUGACAGCAAGAAAAAAGGACAAAGAAUAAAUAGCAACGCUUCAGGCCAUGACAGAGAACAUGUUUCCGUUGUGCUGUGAGUAGAUGUCUUACCUGACAAUGUAGGGCUGCUGUGCUGCUUAGAUGUAUGCAUGAAUACCGGUAAGGAGAGUGGUGUGUUAAACAGGGGGCAAGAAAACCCAGAUGUGUACGAGUGGGGAAAUUUAGGUGUUUGUGUCAGGUGUUUGUCACUUUCAGAAUCUUCCUUCCUUUGUUUUAGGUUCACCUCGUGUAGUCUUGUUGCUGUUGAAGGUUUUUAACGGACCUUGUAUUUUUGAACUUUCCUGAAAUUCUGACAGAGGAGUGAAAAGCUACAAAUGGACACCGGUGGCUGCUUUCAGUGGAUGUGCUCAGCUUUGAGCGCAUCUUUUUAAGAUGUUGUAACUUCACAUGCUGUUUGAGGAGGCUAAGAUGAACAAUUUUCAUAUGAAGCUGAAAACUCAGAAAUCAUUGUAAAGACAACAAAUGCCAGCUGAAACUAACUCAAGCCCUCGAGGCAGUGUCAAUAGCUUCUUUAAUUUCUGCUCAUAAAAAUUCACACACGGUCAAACAUGAAGCUUUCACACCUCUUACCAUUGGACCACUGUUAAUUACUGUCACUUCCCCCACACAUGGACACAGACUGACAAGUUAGUUAUAGGUUCACUUCGAUUUCAAAGACACAACGGUGAAAUAAUGGCAGCAGCAUGUUCAGGAGGCUCCAAGAGCCCCACAUCAAGUUCCCAGUCACUUACCAGUGGAGAUCGGCGGAUGGUGGACAAGGCGCUGAAAAGACUAGAUAAGCUCUAUGAGCUGUGCACUAACCCCCAGCUGGGCCUCAGGUAUAGUCCGCCAUUCCUGCCAGAGCUGGUGUCUGAGACAACAGCACUGCUCACACAGGUAUGGGAACCCUACCACAGCUCCAGGGCAGGAGGCAGCCAAAUACCUAGGGGAGACGAGGCCAGCUACCUGAAGGUCCAUGCUAGAAAUCUGCUGGAUAAGACGGACAAGGCUGUGUUGCUGUUUAAACAGGGACGGGAGAAGAUAUUUGAUGAGACGUCUAGUUACAGGAGGAACUUGACCAAACUGACCUUGCUGUUCAGUCACAUGCUGUGGGAGCUGAAGGCCAUGUUUCCAGGGGGAUGUUUUCAGGGUGACACCUACAGGGUGACCAAGUCAGAGGCUCAUGAGUUUUGGAGGAAUUCAUUUGGCAACAAGUGUGUAGUUCAGUGGAAUACUUUUAAAGAGCAGCUGCGGCACGUGCAUUCAUUUGAGGAGGGGAUGGAGUCCAUGGCUCUGAAAUCAACCAUCGAUCUCACCUGUAAUGACCACAUAUCUGUGUUUGAGUUUGAUAUCUUCACCAGACUGUUUCAGCCCUGGAAGUCACUUUUAAGGAACUGGAACCAACUAGCAGUGACCCAUCCAGGCUACAUGGCCUUCCUCACCUAUGACCAGGUUAUAGAUCGUCUGGAACACUACCUGUAUAGACCUGGAAGUUAUAUCUUCCGUCUGAGCUGCACUAGAAUGGGCCAGUGGGCUAUCGGCCACGUGACCACUGAAGGUGGCAUCAUCCAGACCAUCUCUGAGAACGCACCUCUCUACCAGACACUCAUUCAGGGCUUCAAGGAGGGCUGCUACCUGUAUCCAGAUGGCCGCGAUGUGAACCCCGACCUGACGAGCUUGUAUGAACCUGCCCAGAGGGGAAAAGUCAAAGUUACAGAAGAGCAGUACGAGCUGUACUGUGAGAUCGGCAGCACCUUCCAGCAGUGUAAGAUCUGUGCAGAGAGGGAUAAGGACACUCGUAUCCAGCCCUGUGGACAUCUCCUGUGCCAGCUCUGCCUCACAGGUUGGCAGCAGAAGUCGGCUGGCAACACCUGUCCAUACUGUCGCUGUGACAUCAAAGGAACUGAGUUAGUACAUAUCGAACCAUACCUGCCAAACAGCAGUAACUGGGAGGAGGAGGGCGAAUAUGACACAGAGGAGGAGGACCAUGAGGACAUUGAAGUGUUGGUAAAGGAAAUGGCUGCCCUAAGGAAGUUCUCAAGUCUGGAUUCCCAGGUUUCCAGCUCCUUCCACAGCGCUCCAUCUGUGCCACCUAAAAAUAUCACAGUCCCACACUGUCCAUUUCCUUCCAGCCAGUUCCAGACAUCAGAAGCACUGGCCCAAGACUCCCACUUCAGUUCAGCUCCUGGUGGCAGUGAAGCACACAGAAGACACAAACAACAGAGAAACAUGAAUAGGUGUCAGGUGGAGUCAUACAGCAGUGAGGAGGUAAACAGUGGUAGGCUGAAGCCACCUCUACCACACCCACUCUCCUACAGCACUGAACACCUCCCAGAAGCAGCAUUUCCUUCUUCAUCCCACAGGGUUGUUGACAGUGGAGCAGCGUGGCUCGGACCCUCCAACCCAGACAAACAGCCAAGACGACAUAAAGAGAGGGAGGACAGGAGAGCAGGUGUCAGGAAAGACAAAUACGGCCUGGGUGAGAUGACAAGAACAAUGUCAUCAUAACCAAAACAACAAAAUCUGCAAUAUACUGUAAAGACUUUAAAUUCAAUGAGAAAUACCUGGAAAUAAAUUAUCUUCACUCAAGAAAUCAGUCUCCAGUGAAU